GCACUUGCACUUAUUCGACGCGAAAUUUGUCAAAUCUCUCGGUUUUUUGUUUGUUAUUUUUUUUACACCAGAAAAAGUAAAUAAUAUUAAGCAAAAAAGUGUGCAUGAAAACAAAUAAAUUCAUGAGAGUGGAGACCGCAAAAAGGUGUAUUCAGUUUUAAAUACUGAUUCAGCAAUGGAAUUCUAAAGAAAAGAACACCCAUAACAACAAAAAACAACAUCCUUACCAAACUGCAAAUACCGGACAAAAGUCAACAAAGUUUAACAAUUUGUUGACCCAAACGAAGACGACCCCUCUAAUUUAAUAAAUUAGAAAAAAACAAUUCCCAUAAAAUACUAUUAUUUAAAGAAACAAUCAAAUGCCGCGUUAAUAAUUUGCAUCAAAGCAAAUUACAUAAUACAGCAAAACCAAAAUUCACAUUUACAUUAUGAUUUACUAAAAGGGGAUAUAAUAAUAUAAUAAACUAAUGCAAAACAUCUUAUAAAUUCACAUCAGGCACCCGAACGUUAAAAAAUUAUUUAAAACCACAAAAAAAAAUCAACUUGCAGUAAAUUGUUCUCUUUUCUCGCUAUCAAAGAGAUUAAUACGCACUUGCAAUAAAUAAUAAUUAAAUUUAAAGAAGAUCAUAUUAAAAAUUUUACUACGCACAUAAAAUUUGAAUUCAUAUUCAUAAAAAGGGAGCACUUGAGGAAAUUUUAAUUUUCAAACAACAAAACUAACACAAUAACCAACAAACAUGUGCGCCACUACCAUUAAUAUGUUUCUUCUAACUAAUUUGGCUUUUAGUGCUAAUGCACAAUUAAAACAUGAAUAAAUCAAACCACCAUAAGCAGCAAGUAGGCCAGCAGCGUCUUACAGGGCGCCCAAAUCACGCGGCCAAAAAAUCCAAUUUCAUCGUUGCCGAAAUUGGAUUUAAUCACUUGAUCACUGAAUGACAUCGUUUUUAAAGAAUUCUAAGGUAUGAAGUAUCCCCAGCUUGUAUCAACGCGUGCGGUGAACGCCAUCUCUGAUUGGUUAGUGUCAAGAUUGGAGCAAUUAGGCGUUGAGGCACCUCUCAUAUAUUCUAGACUUCUAUUAUCUCUCUUGCAAUCGUCUGUUCAAAUAAAUGAUCCCAUUGAGUUCAGCAAUCUAGAAACAUUUUUAGCUAACCGAAAGGGCAACAGCAAAAGAUAUCCACCUUGCGACACGGACACUCUAAGGAAAAUAACAGCAGUCCAAUGUUUAAUGGAAAUUGUCUCUUCGGAACAAGAGAUUACAAAUAUUGAAAGCCUUGUGGAUGAACUAUGUGAGAAGUUAAUUGAUAUUGAGAAACAAUCAACAAGUCUAGAAGAGGAUGACGAUUUGCAAAUUGCAGAAUCAGCACUUAAAACAACAACAACAAACCAUUCAUUAUCAUCGUUGAAUACAAAAAACGAAGAACUAUUAUCGAACCCUGCGGCCACAACAGAAAGAUCAUCAAAAAUCAACGACAAAACCAAAGCAUUGUCAGCAGUUACAAGGAAGGCAAAACAACAACUUGCUUCCGAUGUCGAGGAUCCUCGUAAACGCUAUUAUAGAGCAUUUCCGGCUCUCUCAAAGGAAAUGGAAGAUUCGAUUGGACUCUUAAGGCGUAAUACGAAAUCACUAACAUGGCCAGUGGAUAGAAAAAUUAAUUCAUCUAUAAAGAAUAUAACUUCCAAUUUGAAUUCCAAUUCAAGUGCAGCCAUAGAUACAAAUUCUAAAAUAACUAUUUGUGCUGACGGUGGUAGUCCAUCGGUGUUGUUGGAUAGCUCACAAGGAGGAGAUCGCGAUAUUGUACUGUGUAAUACAGCUGGGGUGAAGAGAAAAUCAAAACGUCGACGUAAUCAAGCACUGUCCAAGGGAAAAACGACUGCUGGUAAUAAUAUACGAAAACACUCAUACUGUGGUGGAUCUAGCUCACCAACUUGGGAUACUGACUUUGAAGGUUCUUGGGAAAUGGGAAGAGAUCUUAUCAAAGAAUUUAUUGUUAAGCAAAAUAACCGUAAUCGUAGCACCUCGGAGAGUGCAGCUUAUAAUAUGGCAAUUGGUGGUUGUGGCAACAACAGUGUCGGCGGCGGCAGCGGUGCAUGUGAAACUUCUAAUGAAAUUCAUGAUAAAGGCAAAAAGUCAAUAGUAAUUGAUAAAGCUAAUAAGGAUCCAAUGGCUACCGAAGGCGAAGGGCAGCAAACAAGAACCAUCAAUAAAAAUAAUAUUGAAUUGGCUGAGGUAUUAGCCGAUCCGUGUGUAGUAGAAGUAUCAUUGUGCGAAAAUAUUGUCGAAAAUUCGAAAUCUGACGAUACGUCUGAUAUGACCGAAGGAUCUUUGAGCACAGCUCGUCGCUUGUACGAACGUGAUAUCUCAAAUGAUUCGCUUAACGAGCAAAACCUCCUUUCCAAAAAUCAUUUGUAUCAUCAUCAAAAUCAUCAUGAAAUGUCGUCAGUCUCUUUAUCGGAGCAAAAUGAUUUUGCUCAGUUUAAGGCAAAGUUCACUAGCAGUGUCGAGGCACUCUGGAAGACUUCUGAUUCAAGUGAAAGCGUAAGUGCCAGCACCAACGUCAGCAACAGCAGCAGCAACAAUAACCAAUCAUUGUUGCAAUCGAACAUUGUAACUGAUUCCGUAGCUUCGGUUGCUCCGACAAGAAGUGAAGAUUUGAAAAACUUCUGGACCAACUACUAUAGCCAUCGUUACGAUGUCGAUAAAUGCAAAGAUGGUUUUGAAAAAAAGUCAAGCACUAAGGUUUUUUCAGCAAUUGGAAGUAUACCUCAAAAUGAUGGUCAAAAUAACUAUUUUUCAAUGCCCAUUAUGAGCAGUGGAGGAGAUGAUUUUGACAAGUCUGUUGGCGGGAAGAGAGCUGGUGGUAAAACUUCGCCGAUUGGUGUAUUUUUGCAGAGCACAAUAUGGUCAGAGAACUCCAACGCAAGUUACCCAGAUACCGAUGAGAGUUUCUUUAUGAAGGUUUUUAAUUCAACAACUACAAACCAAAAACCACAAGAUCAGAAGAUGGACAUUUCGGGAACAGAAAAAUCAUACUUUUAUCCAUACCAAGCAUCAAAAUGGUCUGAAGGUAUUAACGGCGUACCACAUGUCAGCACAACUGCUCCGCUUCACUGUAUUCAACAACCACAACAGCAACAUCAGCCAUUGAUUGUAACUUCUUCAUCAUCCUCCGCAUCUAUUUCUGCAAUGGAUCAUUCCGCACGCAGCUGCUAUAAUACUGAUGUUGCCGAUUCAACACCAUCUUCAUCCUCAUCCUACAUUGGUGGUAAUCCAAAUUGGCAUCUUGCUGCUGGAAACAAUCUCCAAGCUGAUAUAAAAUCUUGGAACUCAUCUAAUCCAACAUCGCUGACAGAAUUGUAUGGUGGCGGCGGUGGAGGUGGCAGUAUCGUUAGCUGUGGCGCUGGCGGCGGUGGAGGAACUCUGAUUGCCUCCUCUUUGGGUAAGAAAAACUCUUGUAAUUUCGACAGGAAUGCUGGUGUUAGUUCGUCAUCGAGUCCAAGUUCUCUUAACAUUACACUGGUCAACCAUUCGGCCAAAAGCAGUGGUUUUCUAGCAUACUCACGCAUCAAAUCUUAUGCCAAACUAAUCGACGCCAAACCAAUCGCCAAGUGGCAGAAACCUGAAGUGGAUUAUCAUCAUCGCCUCGCCUCGACUACACCAGAUGAUGAAAACCUUUUGACAUCAGAAAGGACUCAUUUUCAUCCUAUUAAAAUGAGCUAUGCUGAUGGGCAUACCUUUGAGAUCUCCAGUAAUCUGGAUGCCGUGGAUUUUGAACGCUCUGACAGUGGAUAUUUGUACCUAGAGUCAGAAAGGUAUCUGGAAUACACUCGUUCAGAUACCCUUGCUGAAGAAGACAGUUCGGUAGCAGGUCAUUACCAACAAUCAUUGAGUUCAAUGAGUCGUGAGUGCACAUCGUCCGUGACUUCUACAAAGAGUUCACAGUCAGAGUUCUUGAUUCGAUUUCGCGUCAGAAAUACUGACCAGGCAUGUCAAACUGAUUCGAAUGUCAUUGGUUCAAAUGCUUAUCGGACUCCGCUUGGUUAUCAAUUAGCCGCCUCUUCGAGUCAUUUAGCGCUACAAACUUCUUAUAACUCGCAACACGGAGUCGAAGAAGAUGACGAGGAUGAAUGGAUGGACAUCGGAUGCAUCGCUUCCAACACUAACAACACAAAAGAAGAUGAUGAAUGCGUUAGCAUGGACCAGUGGUCAAUGGUCGAAAUCACUAAAAAAUGCAUGGAUAAUAACAAUGCGUCCCACACUCUCUGGGGUAUGUGCCCUGCUUGUAAUAGUGAUAUUAAGUCUAAUCCGGCUAAUCGUUUGCUCAAAGCCGAACUUAAUGUGGAGGGCGAUAAAAUAAUGUCCGACUUGAGAUACAUGCAGGACUUAUACAUUGGUAGCGACUGGGAUGAACAAAAUUGUACCCGUGACGAAGCCGAAGAUGACGAUGAUACCGAUUUGGAUGCUGAGACCAUUCGUGACUGUGAAUUCUAUCAGGCCAUGUCAACCCCGGCCGGGUGUGGCGAUAUGGAAGAAGAAGAUCAGCAACAAAAGGAAAUCCUUUAUAAUGUGAAUAAAUUUAUUGCAGACCUAUUACGACCAGAAAAUGCACAAUCCUUUGUCAAUGCCUUGGGUGGUGUCGGUGUAGGAUGUAUCGGUGGUCGGGGUUGUUAUGGGGUUUCUGGUGAUGGCGGUGUUUACGUUGGUUCUGAAAGUGGUGGUGUUAAAGUUGAUGGUGUAAAUGAUGAAAAAUAUAUCGGAGGCUUGUGGAAUUCAGAUGAAAAUAUCAUCUGGAAGAAGGAAUUUAAUCCAAUUGAUAUAUUCUCGCGAUUUAAUAAUAACAAUAAUUAUACAUUCUUGGAUAAACUAAAUUGGGAGUAUUCGAAUUUAGCCGAAAUAUGGGACAAGGCAUCGCCUGAAAAAACUCUAAUAUCUAACGAAGUUGCGACUGCAAAAAAAGAGGAUCUAGUUGACGAGGAAACCAAAGACCAUCAAUCCGCCACCACUACCAACCUAACAGGAGCAAACCCGAAGGACGAUGAAGAAAACAUCAAGAUCUCUUGCAGGAAUAUGAAAAAUCUCCUCAAAUCAUCAACUAACAUCUUACAACCAAGCGAGAAUACGGCUAUAUUUGAAAUAAACGAGCGCCGCUUGAAUGACUCCAAACGUAUGCAGUGCUUUUUGAAUUCAAAUAAGUUCAAAAUUUCGAACCGCUUCGAUCGCAAACGACGUCAUUCAGCAUCACAAAACGUUUGCUCCUCUUCUGCUUUGAACAACAACAACAACAACAAUGCCAGCUUUAAUAACAACAAUAGCAGUUUUUAUGAUAAUAACAAUUCGAAAUUCACACUUGCAUCACCCGAUUCUUCAUCGACAUUUUUACUAAACACCACACCCGGCAACACCACCAACGCUAACAUCAAUACCAUCACCAACAUUAAAACCCCAUCAAAGGCAACAAACAAGGAUACGUUUACGGAAUACGACAGGAAUGUUAUGACGCGCAAUGAUAACGAUGACAACGACAAUGACCAACAGUACUACAGCAAUGAUGAAGAUGAUGAUCAACGAGAUAACCAAUCAUCACAGCAGCAAGCAACAAUUAUAACCUGUAAAUAUUGGACUACCAUGCAACCGAUCGUCAACAACAACAACAAUAAUAAUAGCAACAAUGGCGGUGUUGAAAUCGUCGCAGGCGAAGCAAAUGAUUGUUCACAAGCGCCAGCUGAUUCGUUCUUUAUUGACAAAAAUUCACAAUUCAUUGAUGGUUUGCCAUCGAUUACUUUGAAUACAUCAUCUAUUUUAAAGCAUGUUACAUUGGUUUCACGUCCAUUGACGCGCUAAAAGAUUCAACCCGUUUUAUAACUCUCCUUUAUCAUCAUCAUCGACUGUAAAAAGGGGGCUUAUAAAUUAUAUUCGAAGAAAUUGUGUGUAAGCCAAUACUGUUUUUGUUUUCUAUCUUAACAGCAAACACUAAAAAAUAAUAGUGCAUAAUAUUAUAGCUUUUUUGUUGUCUAUUUAAUAUUUGGAGGUUUUCUUGAGCAAACAAUUGCUAUUUGAAAUUUACUACAGAAAAAGCCACUGCUGGGCUUUUAAAGAGCAACUCCCGUUGAUGUGUUAUAAGAAAAAACUUGUUAAAGUAUUAAAACAUUUUGACUCUACUGUAUACAAUUUUGAAUAAGUGCAUUGUUUUCGAGAUGUUUUUUUUUCUCAAAAGCAAACAUUUAGUGGACCACAUUUUUUAGUUCAAUAAAUGUUUGAAUCAAGGCACUAGCAGUAGCAAUUGUUUGCUCUUAAAUUCAAGCUCAAUUCUCUUAAAAUUUCUUUGUUAUUUUUUAUGGAUCAUUUGUUGUGAUUCAAGUUUUCUUUUUCAUUACAGUUUUAAAUGUUAUGAAGUUUUCUACAAUAACUCAUGUCAAACUUUAAGUCUGGCACAAUGUAAAAAAAACUUAUUUAUUAUUGUUUUUUUUUUUCAAAUAAUCAUCUACAACAUAACAGUGAGUUAUUCUGUUUUGCAAGGAACUGAUACGAGUUUUUUAUAAGUAGUUUUCAAAUUUGUCAUUUUUCGUUAAGAACACUGUAACAUAAAUUACCCACAUAGUCUCGCUUUUAUGUUGUAGAUGUGACUCCGUUUUGAAUCUAUGAAUUUUCAAGUAAUGCUUUUGUACAAAACAACAAUAAAUUAUUAAUUUUCUUUUGUUAACUUCUUAUUUGGUGAUAAUGCUAUUAAGAAAGAAAUCAACCGAGCGGCGCUAGGGUUGCUUUUAAAGUACAUUUCGAUUAAAUAAUUAAUACGCAACAUAGCUUAAGCUCAUACACACAUGCAUAUACACAUAUCAACAAAAAAAAGAAAAAUAAUAUUAACAUAUUAUUGUGUAAAGUUUUCUUUGUAGUAUUUAUAAAAUAUCUUCAGCGUUUUGUUUUUUUUUAUUUACUGUAAAUUAUUAUUUUUUUAUAUUUUUUUUUUUUGAUUUAUCUAAAAUAUUACUUUAUAAAAUAUAUGUAUAGAGAAAAUGUAUUAUUUAUUUAAAAGAAGGUUUAUAACUCUUUUUGAAGAUUUAUAUUUAUAUCUAUUACAUAGUUUACUAAAAGAAAAGCAAAAUACUCUUCUGAAAAUCCUUAUUAAAAUAAAAAAAUAAUUGUGGUCAUUAUGUAAGCAUCAAGAGAAUACAAAUUAUUCAAAAAAAAAGUCUUAAUAACAACAAAAAAAAGUAAAAAAAUUAUCAAAGAAAUGUAAAAAAAAUACUAUCAAUAACCACCAUCCCUAUUCAAUUACCAUUUCAUUUCAUUUUUUUUCUUUCUCCUUGUUAUUGAUAUUAAUCUAUCCUUCUUCUCUAAGCAAAAAUCAAAAACAAAAAAAAAUGUUAUCUCGUUAUUAUGGUCCUUGCAAAAUGAAAGUCAAUAUUUUGUUCUUGUUUUGUUGAAGUUAAAAUCUAUAUUUUCAAUUAAAACACUUUCUAUUCUUCAAAACAAACACAAAAAAUAGUUUUUAUUUCUUAUAUGCUGUAUGUUUACUGUUUUAGAUUUAUAUUUUUUAGAUUUAUUAUUAUGUAAAACAAUUCAUCGAAACAGGAAUUAUGGAACAAAUUUUGGCGUUCGCUCUUAAUUGGAUAACAUUGUAAAAAAAAACAGGCAUAUGUAGUUAAAAAGAUUAGAAGUGUCAUAGUCUUAUGUUUUCCAACAAACUUCAAACAUUUUAAGAGAACAAAUAUUGAAAAUCGAACAGCAAGCGGAUGUUUUGAUCUUACCAACGACCUUUGAGUUAAAGCUGAAAACUUCUUAAUAAUCCCCACUGAAACCCCGAAAGUGAAAAUAAAUUAAACAUUUGCCUUUAAAAUUCAAACAAUAAGUGGGUAGGUGAAUAAUAAUAUAAACAUCCCAUUGUCAAGCUGUGGUGAGUCAUUUCGAUAAAAAACUGAUAAUUAUUUCAGUUUUUUUUUAUUUUCAUUUUUAUUUGUUUUAGUAACUGAUUGGAUAUUUGUGAUGCAUUACGAUAGCCAGUCUUGAAUUUUUUUUAAAUUAAAACGACAAAGAGAGAAAAGAUAGAAAUGAAAUAAUUAAUUAACACAAAAUUAGUUGAGAAUUUCAAUGAAAACUACGAUCAUGAUGUGGAAAGAAUUUGGUUGACAAAAAAUUGUCACAUCAUAACUUGGUACUAUUCACCAUAUAAAGAUCGCAAACAAUUAAAGAAGAAAGAAACAUAUAUUAUAAACUAAAUUCAUUUUUCUCAGUAUUGAGUCCAAUACUUAAGCAUUGAGUGAGCUAGUGUAGUAAAUACAUUGGGUCUUGAGUGCUUAAACUACAGAAAAAAAGCUUCAAUACUUUAAUAUAUGUUUAAUAUCCAGUUAUGAGAAAAGAAAACAAAUCUUAGCAUUUUCGUCCAAGAAUUCUUCUCUUAAAUGUACACAAGAUGUUUGUCUGCCCUUGCUAUUUUGCUCACGCUUAAUUUGCAUAACUGACGUAGACAAAUUGAUUUCUGAAGCACACACUUUUGUACGAAGUCAAAUAUUGACGUUGUGAUGAUUUAUGAUAAUGCUGGCAAUCAACCAAAACGGAAUGAGUAAACUCUCACCUACCCAAUGGAAAUGUCAGCCAAAUAUUUAUACAAUGGUAUUAUAAUGAUCAAAUUUAACAUCUUCAGCAAGUUUCUUUUUGAUAGAGAUGUUCACUGACUUCGGAUCAUUUAUAAAAUGAAGUCAUGUAACAUUUUGUUAGUCUUGUAAUAAGCGAAGUGUAAAUAGAAACACACACGAAAUUAAAUGUUUAAUCUAUAACAUCAUUGCCUAAAUAAAGCUGUUUUGCGACGUAUUGGUCAAACAUCGUGUCAAGAAUUUUAUAUUGAUUCAGAUUUAAAAUCAAUUAUAAAACUGUUACAUAAAAAUCAAUGCUAGUUAGUGCUAUAAAUUUACACUUUGUGUCAUGUGAUGUCAAUUCAAUAUUUAUGUAGACCUUCGGAGGAAAAGGGAAAAAAAUAAAUUAAAAUACAAUUUAAUUUUACAUAAACAACUAAAAAGCUAUUUUAUAAACUCAAAAGAAUCAUUUUUUAAGCUAGUCAGUUAAAUUAUUUUAUAAAUAAUUACGAUUCUUUUGCUUAGUUGUUGUUAUCAAUUUUAUGCUUGAUAAAGAAACAAAAAUCGAAUUGCAUUGUCUACAACUGAAGGAAAGGAAAGGAAGGUCACAUAAAUUAUGCUGGCAAUAUUACUUUGAAUUUCAUUUUACAAGAAAUACAAUAUAAAAAAACAUUUGAAUGGCCAAUACGUUCUAAGAACUACAAACAUUUCAUUUUAAAGUGGUGAAAAAUUUCACUAAAUCCAAAAUAAUAGUAACUAAAAACAUUUUACAAUCGGUUAUCCAUAUGUAUUCGAAAACCAUGUCAAUCAAUUUGAAAUUUCAUUUUAAAUUGCAAAGAUUUCAGAGAGGCAACACCGUUUUUUUGGGGAAAAGAAUGAUUUAUUGAAGAAGAAUGAUAAGGUCCGUUAUUUGUUCUAAUUUAUAGCUCUUAAACUCGAGAAAACGUAAAUGUUAUUAAAAAAAAGUUCAUCAAACAAACAACACAAAUAUAAAAUAUACAUGUUUGUCUAAAAGAGACUUCAGAUGCACAAUAAAAAUUUAGUUUGCUAACUUAUUUUUGAUUGAAAUACUAUUUAAACAUAAAAAUACUAUCGUUGCGUAUAUCUCCACAUUUAUUGUCGGUAAGAAAAGGGAAUUAAAUUUUUUUCAAAAUGCUUGCAAAUUCAUUUUUAUCGUAGAUAAUUUCAAAAUAUCAAAGCUCAAUGCCAUACUAGGAAAAGAGUUAUUACUAAAAUUUAGUUUGAAAUUAAAAAUGUUGAAUUAACUAAUUGCAAUGUUUUUGUCACUCGAUUUCAUGUAAUUUAAUACCAAAUAAACUACAGCACCUCAACAUUACAAGUGCCUUCAAGUAAAAAAGUAUUGAGUUGUUAUUAUUUAAGCUACAAAGCUCAACAUAAACCCUUAAAAGAAAAAAAUAAAUAGCUUACAAAUCGGUAUGGGUAAAAAUGUUUUCAACAAUAAGAAAAAAUUGGAAAUAUUAGUAUUUCUAUAUAUUUUUUUUUAAAUCAACAUCUCUUGAUUAAACUAUUAAUAUAAAAAAUAUUAUAUAAUAAACUGAUGAUUGCAACUUUAAUAAAAUUAAAUGUAUGACAUAUUGUUUGCGUCCAUUUAAAUCUUUCGAGCAGCCGUAUUCUAAUUGUUAUUUAUAUUGUUAAAUUCAACUUUCCACAUUUUCAAAGGCCGAAGCACCAAAUUUUAAACAUUUUUGUUUGUUAAAUUUAUCAAUCUAAUUUAUCUUUUUUUAAAUUGAAAAUUUAAUGCUAAUAUAUUCACAAUUUCUUAAAACUAUUUAAAAUCAACAGGAAUUUCUAUUAACAAUCUUUUAUGCUAACAUCAAAACCACGAUUAAAUUUUUUUGUUUCAAUAAUGUUAAUUUCAAUUUGUUUUCUUUUUUUUCUUUUUUGUUUUAAUCUACGUUUAAAUAAUAUUGCUGUUUUUUUUAAGAAAAGAAAAUUAAAACAUUUUUUUAUAUAAUAAAAACAAAAAUAUACAUGUGCAAUCACACUCUUAUAUAAAAUACAUUAAUUUCUAACUAAUUUUAAAUAUUCUAUUAUGUUCGUUAUUAAUGUUUAUAAAAUAUACAAAACUAUAAUUAAAAACAAAAUAUUAGGCCCUUUUUUGUUUCUUGUUGUUUUAUAUUUUUUUUUGUUACAUCAUGGAAAAGUAAUAUUAAAAUGAAUAGUUUUAAUUCAUAAAUAAUAAAUCACCCAUAGCAUAUACACAUACAUAUAAAUAAUUUAAAAUUUGUAUUGAAAUAGAAUUGCUCAUUCAAGACACAGACCCAUCAUCAAAAACCUUCGUUUAAUUUGCAACGACAAAUUGUUUGUAUCUAUGUGAUUGUUUAUUUUUUAAAGUAAGAAAUGAGAUCCAUAGAAGAAUUCUGAUCAAAUUUGGGUUCAGUGAGGGGGGUGAAUUACUUCUUAAAAUUAAAAAAAUAUAUUUGUAUAUAAUUUGCUUCUUGAAAGUUACAAAUACUGAGUAAAAAAAAAAGAAUCAAUUGUAAAAGUUGUAACUUAAAUUACUGUUUGAGUCUAAUGACUUAUUUAUUUACAAUCCGUACUCAAACAUGAACGAAUAGAAAUUGAAGAACAAAAAAACAAAAACAAAUCAAAAUUCUGUAAUCCUACAUUCUGCUUGCUAUAUUAGUUAAUUGCACAUUUUCAUAUUUGUAUUGUUAAUAUUUAAAAAAGAAGAAAGUGCAGAAUAAAAGCAGCGAUUUCAAAUAGUUUAUUAAAUAUCAGAAAAUAGAACAUUCAAUAAAAUAUAAUUUUGCACGUAUAACUAACUCACUUCAUUAAAAAAUACCUUUAAUUUUUGUUUUAUUUUCUUUAAAUAGUAAACAUAUUAUUUUGUAAGAAACAUCAGUUUUUAGUGUAAAUAUUAUUUAUGCAAACUUAUUUCAUUUAAUAACAAAAAAAACAGUACGUGAGAAAAUUUUAACUUAAAAUGCAAAUAAAAAUGAUGUCAUACAAAAAGUAUGAACUUUUACAUAGAAAUACAAAAUUAAAAAAAAAACUGUACAAAUAAUAAUUGAAAGAAAAAAAUAAGCAUAGAUAUGUAUAUGAAAAACCUAUUUUCUUUGCCUUUUUGAAGAAUAAAGAAUAAAUUUGUACUUGUAUAAUUUUAAAAUUAGCUUCUUGUGUAGAUAAAACAUAAAUAUUUUUAAAUUGAAACAACAAAAAAAUGAAAGAAGAACAAAAGUGGAACAAAAACUGAGUAAAUUAUUAUACAUAUAACAUAAUACAGCAUACAAAAAAGAAAAAAAAAUAUACAUAAAUAAUUUACCAACAAAAGUGUAUAAUAGAUAAAAAUAAUAUAAAUUAAUGAAGAAUUAUCAAAUAAAAAAAUCUUGUUUGUAUAUUUAAAUGAAAACAAUAUAAUAACAAAAAUGUUUAGGAUAUAGAAAUUUGUUUAAAAAAUAUCCUGGACGUGAUAAUUAUUAUGAUUUGAUAGAAAAAAAAAAACAAAACUUAUAAUUUUAACUUUUAUUUAUAUAUAAGAAACAAUUAAACAUACAAAAUAAAUCACCAACACUUAUAUACAAAACAAAAAUUUUCAAACCAAUUACGAAAUCAAGGACUGUAAUUGAAGUUCAGCCACAAAUAUGCAGACAAACAAUUAUACGUUUCGUGAUUAAAACUUUUAUCCACAUAUAUCUCUUACGUCUUUACUUCGGAUUAUUUAAUUAGGUGGACAGAGUUCCGAAAUUCAAAAUUCAAUAAAAAUCCUAAGUCCCAAAAAAUUCAGGAUCCCUGUUUACACAAACAUACAUAAAUUAAGUGUUAUGCGUCACUUAUAAACCUAGAGGUUUGCCUGGUCUGUAAAAUGAAGAACAGAUAUGGCUGUUUAUUUAAAAACGCAUGUAUAAAUAAAAAGAUAAACAUUUCUUCUUAAAUACUAGUCCAACACAAUUUCAACUAAAUAAAACCAUAAAAAAUGUAGAAAAGAACACAAAAUUGCGAAAAUCCGAAAUCCCGAAAUCAUUGUAAAAAUGUUAAUGUUUCCAAUGUAGUACAACUCAAUAAUAAAAUACACCUUUUCGAAUAUUUUAUUGUGGGGUUUCUGGAUUCUGGGAUUUUCUGUUCUUCGAUUUUAAGGAUUCUGACCCCAACCAUGUUUGUGUAUAGCUGAAUUUCAAAUACAUAUAAGAAUUCGUGAAAUGGUUGAAUUAACAAAAAAAAAAAAAAAAAAAUGAUAUACACAGUUAUAUUUUAAAUUUAAUGUUUUUAGAUGAAUUAUACCUAUUGUGUGUGAAAGUGUCUAAUUAUACAUAUAAUUGCAGAAAUGAUAUAAACGUGUGAUUUUGUGGAAAUGAUCUAGAUUUGUAUACAACAUCAGUUUAAAUCAAUAAAUUUACAUAUGUGUAUAUAUUAAAAUUAUAAAAUCAGUGUACAUAAAACAAAUUAAAUUAUACUGAUUAAGAGUAUGCAAAGUCUUAUUCUGAAUCCUUAAACAAACGUACAUAUGCAUAUAAUCCAUUGAUUUGCAUUAAAAAACGAAUGAUUUUUUUUGUCAUUAAUAAUUUCCUUAUAAGAAUCGGACAUGGUAUUUUACCUCCACACCAGCGUCCCACAUUAAAAAAAAAAUAAUUGAACUCGAUUGAAUAUUAUUGAUGUAAAGUAAAUGAUUUACCCUGAUUUGUAUACAGAAACUAUCCUUUCUCACAAAAACACUAUAUUUGUGAAGAAUUAAUAUUUUUGUCAUUGUUCACUUUUUUGCUUAAAUCUUAAUCAAUCGGGUAGCUUUGUUUACAUUUAUGUGUCUUGACUUUUAUGAUUUCAAACAAAAAGUGGAGGUGAAACGCAGUCAAAAGAGUGAUACUAAUCACUAAAGGAUUCGCGUUCAAAUUUCACAAAGGACUAUUUUUGCCAUACACCACUCCAAGUUAUAUAUUCAUCACAUCUCUAUAUUUCUCUUUAUUUCUUAACUAGAGUUAUUCUCUUUAACAAUAUUAUGUUAAUAUCCAAUAAAAAGAAAGUAUACAUACAAAUUUAAAAUAAAAACCUAAAAUUGAGAUGUAAAAAAUUAAUUAAUAUUAUUUACAUUUAAUACAAUGAUUAAAUGAGGAAACAAAAUAAACAAUAUCGAGAUAAAUCUGAUAUUUAUGUAGGAAGUUUACUUUCAAGUGUUAAACUACCCGGAAUAAUUCCCAUAGAAUGUUUCUUCUUUUUAUUUUAAAACACUAUUAUAAAAAAAAACAACAAAUUUAAUAGAUAAAGUGAAAUUAAGGAAGAGAAGGUGUUUUUGUGCCUUUUUCAAAAUAAAAUCUAUAUUAAACAAAUCUUUUUAAAUAAUAAAAAAAAGAAAACGUAUGCUAACAAGUCUACGCAUUCUAAAAUGCAAAAUUAAUCACAUUCAAAUAUAUAUACAUUUUUGAUUAAGUGAUUAGUAGAAAAUUUAGCCGUAAAAUCAAAAAGCUUGAAUGGAAAAUCGAAAUAAAAAAAAAUAUAGAGAUAAAGAAAAACAAUUUUUUGUACGAGCUCUUUUCAUUGAGAACGAAAGGAAACGGUGCUAAAUUUUAUUUUCAACAUAUACAUAGUUGCAUAUUAUAUAUACAUAAUGUAUAAGUAGUUGUAAAAUAUAGUUUUGAAAAACAAUAAUGUUACUGUUUUUUUUUGUUGUCGGUUUUCCAUUCAAACUUGAUUAAUUAUAACUAAAAUAAACCCUUUGAGUUAAAAUUAAAAAAAAAUGAAAUCGUUUAUAAAAAUUGUAAGCAAAUUUUUAUUUUUUGUCAAAGAAUACCUAUUUGCAAACACGGAUAAGAUUGUGAAUUUAAGAUUUCAAUAAAAUAUGCCAAAAAAAGAAAACAUAAGAAAUAAUACAAUUAAAAAAAAAAACAACAAAACAACAAAAUUUCCCUUUGCAAGCAAUGUUAUACAUCAUUUUUUCUCUUAAAAGUACUGUGUCGUUUGAUUAUUAGUUUUGUUUCAGAAAUUAUAGUGUAUAACAUUGUUUGCAAAACAAAAACAAAAAAAAAACGAAAUGAUAUAAUUUUUUUAUUUUUCUCAGUUCUUCUAAACAUUAAAAAACACAAGCAGAAAAAUAAAUUUAAAUUGAAAUAAUUUUAUGAAAAUUCCAUUAAAAAUUGUAGAACAGAUUUAAUUUAAAAGAAAAAACAAAAGUUGCAAAACAAAUCUAUUCAACAUUGCUAAAUGUAAAAUUGAGGUUUGAAAACAAAAAAAAAAAAAACAAAAAAAUCAAAAACCUAUUAUUAAAUUGUGAAAUUAAUACAAUUUGUAAAACAAAAGAUACAAAAUAAAGUAUUUCGAAUUCCAUGGAAGACAACUGAGAA